CACACUAAUCAUAAAUUGACAUUGUAAAAAUCCCUCGCUUUGAUAAUUUCGUGCCGGUGCGUAAUUUUAUAAACACGCUUUAAUCUAAUUGUUUAAAAAUUUGCUGUGCAGACAUAAAUUAAAACAUCAUAAUAUUUGUACUAAGUGCAGGGCUCCAUGAGUUUCCAAUUACCAGCAACAACCACAGCCGCGAGCACAGGUUUCUCGUUUGGUCUGGGAGCGCCCUCCGCGGGUAGUGCAGCUACUGCAAAACCAGGAUCUUUUUCAUUUGGCGCCACUGGUGGCGGAGACGCAGGUACAGUAAAACCAAUAACAUUUGGAACUCCAGCUGCGACUACGGCUCCAAUGGCUGCUCCCGCUGCUGUGGGAUUUGGUAGCGGAUUUCUUGGUACCACCACUUCAAGUGCGGGGACUGCAGCUCUCCCAAGCGCAACUGCUGUCACAUCGGCAGGUUUUUCGUUUGGGGCACCAACCGCAAACUCCGCUGCUGUUGCACCAACUGCCAUUGCUCCUACAACUACUUCGGCAGGCUUUGGAUUUGGUGCGUCAGCCGUUACAACCACAACUACCACGACCGGCUUUAAUUUCGGCACUACAGCAACUGCAGCAUCAAUAGCAGGUGCGAGUACAACCUCGGUACCAACAACCGCAGCGCCAGCAUUCCAAUUGGCAACUGCUAAAACCACUUCUGCAUCUCUACCGGCGCUUGGUGCAAUAAGUACGUCAACUGCUCCCGCCGCGGGCGGUUUUGCAAAUCUUAGUACGGCAACAAAGACGACGGAUUCAGCGGCUGUGGCAAAUGCUUCACAACUAUCAUAUAAUCAGUUAGAAGAACAUAUUAACAAAUGGACUUUAGAGUUAGAGGAGCAAGAAAAAGUGUUUGCUGACCAGGCUACGCAAAUAAAUGCUUGGGAUAAAAUUCUUAUAGGCAACAACCAUAAAAUACUCGAGUUAAAUGACGCUGUGCAAAAAGUUAAGUCGGAUCAGCAAACAUUGGAACAGGAGCUGGAAUUCAUAGCAACUCAACACAAGGAACUAGAGGAAAGUAUUGUACCGCUGCAAAAAGAAUUCCUGAAAUUGCCGCAAGUUGAUGUGGAGCGCAGUCAGACAUAUCUUUUGGUGGAAAACUUGGACACACAGCUAAAGCAAAUGUCAGAGGAUCUUAAAGAAAUCAUCGACAGUCUGAAUGAGGCCAAUAAGGGUCAAGACAGUACGGAUCCUAUUAUACAAAUUGGCAAAAUAUUGAACGCGCAUAUGAGCUCGCUACAAUGGAUCGAGUCAUCUGCAACUAAUAUUUCCAAUAAACUUGAUGACAUUACAAAGAUGCACGAAUCAUUUAAGCGCGAGUCGGAACGUUCUUUCCGAUCAGCUUAUUACAAUUAAAUAAUGAUGUGUGAUGGAAAAUUAUAAUUUCUUUUUUAAAAAACAUGUUUGUUAAAAUA